AAUACUACGAUGGCUAUAGAAAGCAGUGGGCAUGCAACAUCUGAUCCGUCAAUAUUAGAGAAUGUAUGGGCCAACUUCAUUGGUGGAGAGGAAGCUGGUAAAACAAGUACUAGAAAUGAAGUGGAAUCAACGUCGAAAUCAUGGGUAGAACUGCCAAGCCUGGAUGGGAGAGAGGGUUUGCGAAGGCUACCAAGUCUUGGGAGGUGGAUAUCAAUGGGAGCUGAUGCAUGGGAUGAUCUUCUCCAUGGGAUUAUCCCUUUUGGGGAAUUAAAUCAAUCAUUUAAUGGUGAAACAAGCAAAGACAUAAGCCCUCCUCGAGGGUUUAAAGUGACUAAUAACUGUAUGAGAGCAGAGAAGGUGACAACGAGACACUACCGAGGAGUGAGGAGGCGGCCUUGGGGAAAGUAUGCAGCGGAGAUAAGGGACUCGUCGAGGAAAGGAUCUCGUGUUUGGCUUGGGACUUUUGAAACUGCCGAGGAAGCAGCUAUGGCAUACGACAAAGCUGCCUUGAGAAUUAGAGGCCCCAAAGCAUAUCUCAACUUCCCAUUAGAGAUAGUGUCUAAGGCUAUGGGUAUUGACGACACAAAAACCGACAUCAACUCUGGAACUUGUCAAUAUAAAGACCGUGCUUGUACAGGUUUCAAAAGAGAGUGUAGAGAUUGGGAUCAAAACAGUGAGUAUGUGAUGAUUGAAGAGCCUAAACUAAAAAGAAUGGCAACUGUGGAACAAGUGAUGGAGGACGGAUAUGGUGAUGUUUUUGAGUUUCAGGAUUUGGGGAGUGAUUAUUUGGAGAGUUUGCUGUCUUCUUUUUGACAGAAUUUGGAGUGAUUCAUGGUCAUACGUUGAACCGCAUGCCUUAUUUGUUGUCAGGGAUGCAUGUAUUAUAUUAGUAUCAGUCUAGGUUUUUAUUGCUAUAUACAUUCAUUACAUAUGACAAAACAACAGAAUUUUCAGUUUCAUAGGUUGUUUCUUUGACGAAUACUGUGAUUCUUAUCAAAGAGAUAGGAUUAACUUUAAUUGUUUGUUAUAGAAAUGAAAUGCAACAUAAUUUCUUUCUUUUAA